UAAAAGACCAGCUUUUCGCCCAAGAAAUCUGAGGAGAGCUGUAGCCAGCCUCAACAAGACGAUCCUCACCCACUACACAGAAGAUUGCCCGCAUCAAGAUAUACGCUCACUCCCGGUAGAAGUGCAAGAUGGGGAACUGGGUAGUCAACCAUUGGUUUUCAGCCCUGGUAAUUGCAGCUUGGCUGGGGGUGAACCUUUUCCUGUUUGUGACAUUCUUCCUGACAUUCGACAGGGACGAAAAAUACUACUACACAAGAGAUCUCCUUGGGUCUGCACUGGCUUGGGCUCGUGCUUCAGCCAAAUGCCUCAACUUCAACAGUAUGCUGAUCCUGCUACCCGUUUGCCGGAAUCUUCUAUCCUUCCUGAGGGGUACCUGCUCUUGCUGCAGGCGCACCAUGAGGAAGCAACUGGACCACAACCUGACAUUUCACAAGCUGGUAGCCUACAUGAUUGUCCUGCAUACAGUUAUUCACAUCAUUGCUCACCUGUUCAACUUUGAGCGGUACAACAAUGCCCAAAAGGCAACAGAUCAAAGCCUGGCUUCCGUCCUCUCUGAACUGCACCUGAGUGAUGACCUGUGGCUGAACCCCAUCCAUUCCAACACUACAACACCUCUGUACGUGGCGUUCACCACCAUUCCAGGACUGACUGGUGUGAUAAUUACUUUGGCUCUGAUCCUCAUGGUCACCUCUUCUGUGGAGUUCAUCCGUCGGACCUACUUUGAGGUCUUCUGGUACACCCAUCACCUCUUCGUCAUCUAUUUUGCAGGCCUCGUCAUCCACGGCAUUGCAGGUGUUGUUCGUGGGCAGACACCAGACAACAUGAAGGAGCAUAAUCCAAAGAAUUGUGCAUCCUACUACAUGGCGUGGGAUCAAGAGGACAGCCAUCCCGACUGCAAACAGCCUGAGUUUGGCAGUAUCCCUGCAGAGUCCUGGAAAUGGGUUUUGGCCCCUCUGAUUCUAUAUGCCUUUGAACGAGUCCUGCGGUUUUGGCGUUCCUGUCAGAAGGUGGUCGUCACCAAGGUUGUCAAGCACCCUUCGAAAGUACUGGAACUGCAGAUGCACAUGAAGGGCUUCAGCAUGGAAGUGGGGCAGUAUGUUUUCCUGAACUGCCCCUCCGUCUCCCAUUGGGAAUGGCAUCCGUUCACCCUCACAUCUGCACCAGAGGAGAACUUCUUCUCUGUCCACAUCCGGGCAGCAGGUGACUGGACAGAGUGUCUCAUUGACACCUUUGAGCAGCAGAAACCAAAGACACCCAGGAUCAAGGUGGACGGUCCCUUCGGCACAGCCAGUGAGGAUGUGUUCCAGUAUGAGGUGGCCAUGUUGGUGGGAGCUGGGAUUGGAGUGACGCCCUUUGCCUCAGUGCUGAAAUCCAUUUGGUACAAGUUCCAGCAUGCUGAUCAGAAUCUCAAAACCAAAAAGAUCUACUUCUACUGGAUCUGCCGGGAUACUGGGUCCUUUGGCUGGUUCAAAGAUCUGCUGGCCUCCCUGGAGCAAGAGAUGGAAGGUUCUGGCAAAGCAGGUUUCUUGAGCUAUCACCUCUUCCUCACUGGCUGGAGCAACAGCAUGGUUGGUCAUGCAGCACUCAACGUUGACAAAGCCCUGGACGUGGUAACAGGCCUGAGGCAGAAAACCUCCUUUGGGAGGCCCAUGUGGAGCAAUGAAUUUUCAGCGGUGGCAGCUGCGCAUCCCAGGUCUGUGGUGGGUGUUUUCCUGUGUGGACCAGGGGCCCUGGCUAGCUCUUUGCAAACAUGCUGCCACCAACACUCCAGCCUGGACCCAAGGAAGGUCCAGUUCUACUUCAAUAAAGAGAAUUUCUAGCAUGCUGGGAAAGGCCAAUCAUAGACUGGUAAAUCGUAGACUGAACUGCUGCAGCUCCUUCUCAGAUUGAAUCAGGAUUGCUACAACCAUGGUUGCAAGAACUGGAAAUUAAAGCAACAUCCUCUUCUGCUUGGAUUGUGAGUCUGGUACCAAAGUUGCCAACGUUGGUGGUAUAAGUCAGAUAUCAACACAUCAGCAUCAGUUUCUGCAACAGUUUUGCUUCUCGGAGAAUAUACCUCUGAAUGACAAAGCCAGUUAAUGUAUUGUACCAAGACUGCAUCCGAAGGGUGGGGUGUGAUCCUGCCAAUAUAGUCCAUGCAUUUCAUCUUAAAAUCUACCCAGAACCAGCCUCUGUGACAAUAUGAAGUAUGUAUUCUGUUCCGGUGUUUUGGUCCAGUAGACAGCUGCCAUCUGUCUUGUACCAUCUUUUACUUUUAACAAAAUUGCACAUAAAUUGUAAAUUUUUUCGCCGACAGCCUUUUAACAUAACUUGUAUUAAGUUAUUGUUGAUACUUGAACAUUUUAUAUAAAAAAAGAAAAUAAACAAAAUGAAAGCAAAAUGAUCCUCUGAAGAUGCCAGCCACAGAUGCAGGCGAAACGUCAGGAGAGAAUGCUGCUAGCACACGGCCAUACAGCCCGGAAACCACACAGCACCCAAAAUGAAAGCAGACAGCCUGAGGAAUCCGAAUGCUUGCAAAACUAAA